AUGGCAAACACGUUGGCCUCAUCAUGGCGCUCCUUCUGGCACACCAUGACGUCUGACGAUCGCCAUGCCGGACCCGAUGCGCCCUAUCGCAACGGCAAGAUCCCCGUCUCGCAGUCCAAGAAGAACUCCAUCACCUCGUCAAACACAAGCGCACUCGAAUCUCGCGCAGACCUCGACCUCGAAGCCGGCAAUGGCUUCGUCAGCCACAACACGGCCGGAACCUCAAGUCCUCCAUACUCACCGCAAGUUCGUCGGAGUCUACAACGUCAGACGUCGGGUAUGGACAGCACAAUGGAGGGCAUGGGGCAGGGUGAGAUACAGAUGCAGAGCUUUGCCGAUGGUCUCCCGCCUCCACCACCCGUCAGCCACUCCUGGAAGCGUAUCGAUCGAUGGUUGGAAGACAACUACGAAGAGCUGUUCGAGAACAUUGGAUUCGGUGCGACGGUAAACGACGUCAACGAGCUGGAGCACGAGCUCGACUGUACGCUGCCGCAAGAGGUGCGCGAGUCGCUUCAGAUUCAUGACGGCCAAGAACGAGGAGGAUUGCCUACAGGCGUGGUAUUCGGCUGCAUGUUACUGGAUUGUGAAGAGAUCAUGCAAGAGUGGCAGAAUUGGCGAACAGUGAACGAGGCCUACUUCAACGAUGCGGCCAAAUACGAGAUCCCUCAAGCACCGCUGAAGGCUUUUGCAGGAUCGUCAGCAUCUGCAGUACCAGUCGCACAAGCCUCUUCCUCCGCGAGUCCACAAUGGCGUUCAGAACUCGAAGAGAAGCAGGAUUCACAACCUCCGAACGCCAUUCAAAAGGUGUACGCGCAUCCAGCGUGGAUCCCGCUGGCAAGAGAUUGGGGAGGCAACAACAUUGCAGUGGAUCUUGCACCCGGUCCGACUGGAAAGUGGGGCCAGAUCAUCUUGUUCGGUCGUGACUAUGACUGCAAGUAUGUCAUCUCGCGGUCAUGGUCGGCGUUUCUGGCGACACUUGCGGACGACAUGCACACCGACAAGUGGUUCAUCGAUGAAGAUACGAAAGAGCUGAAGUUGAGAGAGUUCCCGAAACAAGGAGUGGAGCCUGCAUACAUUGAUAUUCUGCGCUGGCGAUCAGACCAAAAGUAUGGCAGGAGAGCGCCCAAGAAGAAGCCUCUACGGAUCAACAGCAAUGUCUCACCUGGCGUGAAUGGAUUCUCACCUUACGGCUCGCCAACGAAAGAGGACCGAGGACGAUCGCCUCAACGAUUGUCAAACGGCAAACAGCCAGCGCAUGGAACGUCAAGUCCGAGAGGUCAAUUUGGCAGUCCUCUGGCGAGGGUGACGGAGGAAAGCUCGCCAGUGCACACGCAGGCUCAGCCGUUGACAGUGGACACGAGUGUGCAGCCUGCGAAUGGAAAGCUGAUAUCUGGUAUUGACACACCACCCACUUCAGCGAAACCGAAGAACGACGAGAAUGCGCCUCCCUCAAAGCUUGUCGCCGUUGACACCCCAAGGGCCUCACCGGACGAGACAAGGGAGGAGCGACGUGGAAGCCAACCCUUCCCGAAGAGCAGACUUGGAAGCAUGGUUAUGAGCAGCAGUGAUGAGGAGACUUCACCACUGUCUCCCGCCCACGACGCCGGUCUGCCAAAUGUUGAGGAAGAGAUGAAAGACGUGAAGAUUUGA